AUGGCAAAGAAACUCCAAAUUGCUGCCGCCGGACUCGGCCGCAUGGGCAAACGACAUGCUCUCAAUUUCCUCAACCGAACGCCUCGCGCAGAGCUCGUCGCUGCCUUCUCGCCGGACCAAGAGGAGCUCGCAUGGGGCAAGGUCAACCUCGAGCCGUACGGCGUGACCUUGUACGAUGAUUAUCAGAAGAUGUUGGAGCACCCGGGGCUCAAUGCCGUCGUCAUCGGCACGGCGACUUCUGUUCAUGCCGAAGAAGCCAUCCAGGCAAUGCGCAAAGACCUGCACGUCCUCUGCGAGAAGCCCUUGUCCACGAACAUCAAUGUGUGUCGAGAUGUCGUUGCCGAGGCCAGGAAGAGGCCACACCUAAAGGUCAUGUGCGGCUUCUCUCGCCGAUUCGACGCCUCGUACCGAGAUGCAUACGGCAAGAUGGAUCGCGGCCUCAUCGGAAGACCCUCCAUCAUCCGCAGUCAGACUUGCGACAAGCACGACCCAUCAGGCUUCUUCGUCGAGUACGCUGCCUGGUCGGGCGGCGUUUUCGUCGACAUGUCGAUUCACGACAUUGACCUAACGCUCUGGUUCUUCGGUGACCACAUCAUGCCCAAGUCUAUCUCGGCGUACGGCAUCCGCGCCGUGCAGCCCGACUUGGCCAAGCACAACGACUUCGACAACGCGGUGGGCGUCGUCGAGUUUUGGGGUGGCAAGAUCGCGUACUACUACUGCUCGCGCAUGAUGGCGCACGGUCAGGAGGACACGACCGAGAUCAUCGGAACAGAGGGGAAGCUGUCUGUCAACGGCAACCCACAGAUCAACCUCGUCAAUCAUUUCCACGCUGGCGGAAUCACACGCGAGGUGCCGCAUGAUUAUUACGGGCGCUUCGAAAUGGCCUUUGUGCAAGAGUCCAAUGAGUUCACCGAGGCGUGCCUGGACAACAAACCGUUGCCCAUGAAGCUUAGCAACGCGGUCAAGGCCGUGGAGAUUGGGGCAGCGUUGCAGGAGGCCCUGGUUCACGGAAAGCAGAUUCGCUUUGAUGAGACAGGGCGGCGCUUGGAAGGAUCCAAGUUGUAG